AAGUAGCUUCGGUUGGACGGACUCGCGGACCCUUUUCUCUCGGUCUUUCGUCUCUUUCUCUCUCCUCUCACAUUCGUUAUCCUCUUACUUUUCGCCUCUUCUCCUUUCUUAGAUUGCCAUCCAAUCUCUAGGUUUGCUUGCACUAAUACCCCAAAAGAUUGAUUCUGGAGAGGAGGUUUUUGAUUCAGUUUCUCCCUUCGUUGGUAUCCGCCCACACGCGGAUCCUUAAGGUACUUUGCCUCCUCUCGAGUGUUUAUUCGGAUCGGGACCGAAAGAUUGCAACUUUUCGUGGAAGAUCGAUUCGAUGGGAAGGGUGAAACUGAAGAUAAAGAGGUUGGAGAAUAGCAGUAGUCGACAGGUCACUUAUUCGAAGAGGAAAGCGGGGAUACUAAAGAAGGCAAAGGAGCUCUCCAUUUUGUGUGACAUCGAUCUUCUUUUAAUCAUGUUUGCGCCUAAUUCAAAAGCUACUAUAUGCGUUGGAGAUCGUAGCAAUAUUGAGAAGGUCAUUGAAAGGUUUGCUCAAGUAUCUCCACAAGAAAGGGCAAAAAGGAAAUUAGAGAGCCUUGAAGCUCUUAAGAAAACGUUUAAGAAGUUGGACCAUGAUGUCAAUAUCCAAGAGUUCCUUGGUCCAAGCGAAGAAUCAAUUGAGGAUCUAACAAAUCACUUGAGGUCAUUGCAUGGUCAAUUACUAGAAGUACAAAAAAGAUUAAGUUGUUGGGCAGAUCCAGAUAAGAUUAAUAACAUAGACCAUAUUAGAGCUAUGGAACAAUCACUCAAGGAAUCCCUAAACCGAAUUCAGGCACAUAAGGAAAAUUUUGGGAAACAACUUAUUUCUGUAGAUUGCAAUGGCCAAUUCCAAAAUGACAUGCAUUUGCCAUUGGGACUAGGCUAUGCACAAGGAGCCUCAUCAGUGUCAUGGUUGCAUGACACUGAUUGUCAACAAUUAAUGCUUCCACAAGAUGCUAAUUUAAUAUCUCAGAGGAAUGUAAGAUGCUCCUCGGAUACAGGUCUUCCAGAUUAUCCUGCUUACUUCAACACAGAUAAACAAACAGAGGCCAAUGAACUAGUACCGGAUGAAUCCCUCCAUGGUUUUAGCCCAAAUGCUUGUUUUAGGCUACAACUAGGAGCACAAUUCCACUACCAAACGUAUGGUCAUACUUUGUUGAAUGAAAGGAUGUUCAAGCCCGAGGUAGAUCAUAGUUUACAGGAACACACUCUUGAUUAUCAAGUGAAUCAUUUCGAGACACCCGGUCCAGGUUAUGAUGCUAGCUUUCAAAAUUGGGCUUCUACAUCUGGGAAUUGUGAAGUUGCAAUCUAUGAUGAAAGGUCAUACACCCAACAACAAUAACCAGAAGGAAGUCCCAUCUCAUUGUCAGUAUUGUUAGUAUUGCAAGAUUUCAUUCUCAAAUUCUUUACUCUUCGUUGCAACGGAAAACAGAUGAAGCUUUGAGUUGUGGUGACUCCAUCUCCUUCACAGAAGCCGUGAUCCUAGAAAAAUAGAUGAUACGAAGUGGGAUUAUAUACUGUCAUGUAUAUUUUUAUUAGGAAAAUUAAGCAUCUCUCCUGUAAAAAAAAACAUAUAUUUGCUCUUUCAUUAUGUUUAAGUUCGUUCUACGUA